CCACAGCGCGCCGGAAAUGCGCGAUCCGUUGUGCGCCGCUUGUACUGAGGGAAGGAGGUUGGCUUCUGAGGGGUCUGGGCUCUGCGGGCAAGGCCGCAGGCCGCAGUGGGACCUGCUUCGACCUACUGAGGGCGGCGCGAUGGGAGACGAGAUGGAUGUCAUGAUCCCCGAGCGGGAGAUGAAGGAUUUUCAGUUUAGAGCACUAAAGAAGGUGAGAAUCUUUGACUCCCCUGAGGAGCUGCCCAAGGAACGCUCGAGUCUUCUUGCAGUGUCCAACAAGUAUGGUCUAGUCUUUGCUGGUGGAGCCAGUGGGCUGCAAAUUUUUCCUACUAAAAAUCUUCUUAUUCAAAAUAAACCUGGAGAUGACCCCAAUAAAAUAGUUGAUAAAGUCCAAAGCUUGCUAGUUCCUAUGAAAUUCCCAAUCCAUCACCUGGCUCUGAGCUGCGAUAACCUCACACUCUCUGUGUGCAUGAUGUCCAGCGAAUAUGGUUCCAUUAUUGCUUUUUUUGAUGUCCGCACAUUCUCAAAUGAGGCUAAACAGCAGAAACGCCCAUUUGCCUAUCAUAAGCUUUUGAAAGAUGCAGGAGGCAUGGUGAUCGAUAUGAAGUGGAACCCCACUGUCCCUUCCAUGGUGGCAGUUUGUCUAGCUGAUGGUGGUAUCGCUGUCCUACAAGUCACAGAAACAGUGAAAGUGUGUGCAACUCUUCCUUCCACGGUAGCAGUAACGUCUGUGUGCUGGAGCCCCAAAGGAAAGCAGCUGGCAGUGGGAAAACAGAAUGGAACUGUGGUCCAGUAUCUUCCUACUUUGCAGGAAAAAAAGGUCAUUCCUUGCCCUCCAUUUUAUGAGUCAGAUCAUCCUGUCAGAGUUCUGGAUGUGCUGUGGAUUGGUACAUACGUCUUCACAAUAGUAUAUGCUGCUGCAGAUGGGACCCUGGAAACAUCUCCAGAUGUGGUGAUGGCUCUACUACCGAAAAAAGAGGAAAAGCACCCGGAGAUAUUCGUGAACUUUAUGGAACCCUGCUAUGGCAGCUGCACGGAGAGACAGCAUCAUUACUUCCUCAGUUACAUGGAGGAAUGGGAUUUAGUGCUGGCAGCAUCUGCAGCUUCAACUGAAGUUAGUAUCCUUGCUCGACAAAGUGAUCAGAUUAAUUGGGAAUCUUGGCUACUGGAGGAUUCUAGUCGAGCCGAACUGCCCGUGACAGACAAGAAUGAUGACUCCUUGCCCAUGGGAGUUGCCAUAGAUUAUACUAACCAAGUGGAAAUUGCCAUCAGUGAUGAAAAGACUCUUCCUCCUGCUCCAAUUCUCAUGUUACUUUCAACAGAUGGGGUGCUUUGUCCAUUUUACAUGAUCAAUCAAAAUCCUGGGGUUAAGUCCCUCAUCAAGACACCGGAGCGCCUUUCAUUAGAAGGAGAGCGACAACCCAAGUCUUUAGGAAGUACUCCCACUACCCCAACCUCCUCUCAAGCCCCACAGAAACUUGAUUCUUCCGCAGCUGCAGUUUCUGCCUCGGUGCCACCUUCAUCACCUGCUGCUCCUGUGGCCACCUUCUCUUUGCUUCCUGCUGGGGGAGCCCCUGCUGUGUUCUCCUUUGGUGCUUCAUCCUUGAAAUCAUCUGCUUCCGCCACUGGGGAACCCUCUUCAUAUUCCAGUGGCUCUGACACUUCCAAAGCAGCCGUGGGCUCUGGUGCAUCGACCUUCUCUUUUGCUCCUCUUUCUAAAGCCUCCCUAGCCCCCACCCCUGCAGUGUCACCUAUGGCCCCAUCUGCUGCCUCAUUCUCCUUUGGAUCAUCGGGUUUUAAGCCUACCCUGGAAAGCACACCAGUGCCGAGUGUGUCUGCUCCAAACUUAACAAUGAAGCCCUCCCUCCCACCCUCUGCCUCUGCAGUCAAAGUCAACCUUAGCGAAAAGUUUACUGCUGUGGCUACCUCUGCUCCUGUUAAUAGCUCCCAGAGCACACCCUCGAUGCUGCCAUUUUCUUCCGCCUCCAAGCCAGCUGCUUCAGGACCUCUGAGCCACCCCACGCCUGUCUCAGCAUCAUCCAGUUCCACGUCACUGAAGUCCUCAGUCUCUCCCUCACCAUCAGCAGGACGAUCUGCUCAGGGCAGUCCAAGCCAAGUGCCCUCAAUGGUACAGAAAUCACCCAGGAUAACCCCUGCAGUGGCAAAGUCAGGCUCUCCCCAGACAAAAUCACUUCAGCCUCCUGUUACAGAAAAGCAGGGAAAUCAGUGGAAAGAUUCAGAUCCUGUGAUGGCUGGAAUUGGGGAGGAGAUUGCACACUUUCAGAAGGAGCUGGAAGAGUUGAAAGCCCGAACUUCCAAAGCCUGUUUCCAGGUGGGCACUUCUGAGGAGAUGAAGAUGCUGCGGACAGAGUCAGGUGACCUGCACACCUUCCUUCUGGAGAUUAAAGAGACUACGGAGUCUCUUCAUGGAGAUAUAAGUACCCUGAAAACAACUUUACUCGAGGGCUUUGCUGGUGUUGAAGAAGCCCGAGAACAAAAUGAAAGAAAUCUUGACUCUGGAUAUCUCCAUUUACUUUACAAAAGACCACUGGAUCCCAAGAGUGAAGCUCAGCUUCAGGAAAUUCGGCGCCUUCAUCAGUAUGUCAAAUUUGCUGUCCAAGAUGUGAAUGAUGUUCUAGACUUGGAAUGGGAUCGGCAUCUGGAACAAAAGAAAAAACAAAGGCACCUGCUCGUGCCAGAGAGAGAAACACUAUUUAACACCCUCGCCAACAACCGGGAAAUCAUCAACCAGCAGAGGAAGCGAUUGAAUCACCUGGUGGACAGUCUCCAGCAGCUCCGUCUUUAUAACCAAACUUCCCCAUGGAGCCUUUCCUCGGCUGGUGCUUCCCAGAGCAGCACUCACAGUUUUGACAGUGAUCUUGAAAGCCUUCGCAAUGCUUUGUUGAAAACCACCAUAGAAACUCAUACCAAAUCCUUGCCCAGAGUACCAGCUAAACUGUCCACCAUGAAACAGGCACAACUGAGAAACUUCUUGGCAAAGAGAAAGACCCCACCAGUGAGAUCCACUGCUCCAGCCAGCCUGUCUCGGUCAGCCUUUCUGUCUCAGACAUAUUAUGAAGACUUGGAUGAAGUCAGCUCAACAUCGUCUGUCUCCCAGUCUCUGGAGAAUGAAGAUGCCCGGCCGUCCUGUAAAGAUGAGGAGACGGUGGUCCAGGUUCCUCGGCACGCCCCCGUGGUUCGCACUCCUUCCAUCCAGCCCAGUCUCUUGCCUCAGGCGACUUUUGCUAAAUCUCAUGUGGUUCACGGUUCUUCACCUGGUGUGAUGGGAACUUCAAUGUCUACAUCUUCUAGUAAAAUUAUUCCUCAAGGGGCUGAUAGCACAAUGUUUGCAACGAAAACUGUGAAACAUGGCGCACCUAGUCUUUCUCAUCCCAUCUCAGCUCCCCAGGCAGCUGCUGCUGCAGCACUCAGACGGCAGAUGGCCAGUCAGGUGCCAGCUGUAAGCACUUUGACUGAAUCAACCUUGAAGAAUGUCCCUCAAGUGGUAAAUGUUCAGGAAUUGAAGAAUAAUCCUACAACCCCCUCUGCAGCGAUGGGUUCGUCAGUGCCAUACUCUGCAGCCAAAACACCUCACCCAGUGUUAACCCCAGUGGCUGCUAACCAAGCCAAACAGGGGCCUCUAAUAAAUUCCCUAAAGCCAUCUGGGCCCACACCAGUAUCCAGUCAAUUGUCAUCUGGUGAUAAAGCUUCAGGGCCAGGGACAGCCAAGAUAGAAACAACAGUGACUUCAGCCCCAUCUGCUGCUGGGCAGUUCAGCAAGCCUUUCUCAUUUUCUGCAUCAGGGACUGGCUUUAAUUUUGGGAUAAUCACACCAACACCGUCUUCCAGUUUCACUACCACACAAGGGGCAACAACAUCCACUAAAGAGUCAAACCAGCUCGACACAUUCUCAUUUGGUGGGGGAAGCAAACCUUUUUAUGAGACCAUUCCUGAGAGCUCCCCCACCUCAGGAGUCACGCCGGCAUCCAGCCUCACAGGAGCUGCCGUUGCCUCUCCAGGAGAGGCUGUUCCAUCUAGCAGCAGACCUGCGGCACCUUCUGGAAUUGCUCUUUCCACCGCCUCUAGCAAGCUGGAAACUCCACCAUCCAAAUUGGGAGAGCUUCUGUUUCCAAGUUCUUUGGCUGGAGAGACUCUAGGAAGUUUCUCAGGACUGCGGGUUGGCCAAGCAGAUGAUUCUACAAAGCCAGCUAGUAAGACUUCGUCCACAAGCCUAACUAGUGCCCAGCCCACCAAGACAUCAAACAUGCCCUCAGGGUUUAGUUUUACUGGCCCUCCAGCAUUAGGGAAGCAUGUGGAACCCCCUGUGACUUCUUCUGUCACCACCACCACGGUGGCACCACCAGCAGUCUCAAACACAAGCACCGGCAGUUCCUCGACUAGUGUGUUUGGCAGUCUGCCACUCACCAGUGCGGGGCCCUCUGGGGGGAUAAUCAGUUUUGGUGGGACAUCUCUAAGUGGUGGCAAGUCUAGUUUUUCAUUUGGAAGCCAGCAGACCAGUAGCAUAGUGCCCCCAUCUGCCCCACCGUCAACUACAACUGCCAGUUCCACUUCCCUUCCAACACCAUUCCCCACGUUGUCGUUCGGUAGCCUCCUGAGUCCAGCAUCUACUCCAUCCCUGCCUGUGUCCUCUGGUAAAAGCACAGAGGCAGCUGCAUCAUCGGCUUUGCCUGAGAAGCCAGGCAACAGUGAGGGCUCAGCAUCAACAACCUCUCUUCUAGGGCAUCAGCCGUCAGCUCAGCCUCCCCAGGCUCCUCUGCAAACUUCGGACUCUCUUAAAAAAGAACCUGUUCUUUCCCAGCCUUUAGUCAGCAAUCCGGGCACUGCAGCAUCUAGUACCAGUCUCAUAGCACCUCCUGCAGAGGCCACUCCAGCAGCUACUGGGGCCCCUGAUGUCAGGACAGAGGCAGUAUCUUCUGCUUCCACCUUCUCAGUGUCUGGACAGACUGCUGUCACAGCAGCUGCCGUCUCAAGUGCAGGCCCUGUGACCAUCGAAACAUCCAAUGCCCCCACAAGCUCCAGCACUGCUUCCAGUAUUGCUCCCGGCCCAACUACAGAGGCAGCAGUGUUUGGGACUGUCACUUCUGGCUCAUCGGUCUUUACUCAGCCACCUGCUGCCAGUUCUAGCUCAGCUUUCAGCCAGCUCACCAACAACACAGCCACUGCCCCCUCUGCCACCCCUGUGUUUGGGCAGGUGUCAGCCAGCACCGCACCAAGCGUGUUUGGGCAGCAGACAGGCAGCGUAGCCAGCACAGGAACCGCCACGCCACAGGUUUUGGGUCUAGUAAUACUGCUUCUGUGUUUGGUCAAGCAGCCAGUACUGGUGGAACAGUCUUUGGCCAGCAGUCAUCCUCUUCCAGUGGUAGCGUGUUUGGGUCUGGAAACACUGGAAGAGGGGGAGGUUUCUUCAGUGGCCUUGGAGGGAAACCCAGCCAGGAUGCAGCCAACAAAAACCCAUUCAGCUCGGCCAGCGGGGGCUUUGGAUCCACAGCCACCCCAAAUACCUCUAACCUAUUCGGAAACAGUGGGGCCAAGACAUUUGGUGGAUUUGCCAGCUCAUCAUUUGGAGAGCAGAAACCCACUGGCACUUUCAGCUCUGGAGGAGGAAGUGUGGCAUCCCAAGGCUUUGGGUUUUCCUCUCCAAAUAAAACAGGUGGCUUCGGUGCUGCUCCAGUGUUUGGCAGCCCUCCUACUUUUGGGGGAUCCCCUGGGUUUGGAGGGGUGCCAGCAUUCGGUUCAGCCCCAGCCUUUACAAGCCCUCUGGGCUCGACGGGAGGCAAAGUGUUCGGAGAGGGAACUGCAGCUGCCAACACAGGAGGAUUCGGGUUUGGGAGCAGCAGCAACACCACAUCCUUUGGCACCCUCGCGAGUCAAAAUGCUCCUACUUUUGGAUCACUGUCCCAACAGACUUCUGGUUUCGGGACCCAGAGCAGCGGAUUCUCUGGUUUUGGAUCAGGCACAGGAGGAUUCAGCUUUGGAUCAAAUAACUCGUCUGUCCAGGGCUUUGGUGGCUGGAGAAGCUGAGCAGGUGUCGGCAGUCCUUUCGGUUCCUGUGAGAACUGCAUUCUCAGCUCCUCUUCACCAAGAAACACUGGAGCAGCCUGUUAAAAUGGACUCUCCCACUGAAACGCACAUAUGCAGGAAGAAACAAGAGAAACCAAAACUCAGAAGAUGCUUGAUUGCUUGUUUUGUUUUGCUUUAUAUUUCAUGUUGGGUUUUACCCCCUGCUAUUAAACUGUUUGGUCUGUUUCUGUACAGAAUGUAUUUGGGCUUUUUCAGGUCACAGCCAAGGAGAGAAGUUUCCCCAUUUCUGUGGCUUUGAGAAACCAGAAGAGCCUCCACCAGCCAGCAGUGUGUCUUCAGUGAUGGCAUCAAAAGAAACCAGCAUCGGGUAUCGAUGAAAAAAAGGGCAUAGAAUCAGUCCUGGUCUUGCUCGGACCUAGAGCCUUCCAUGUAGGGAGGAGGUAGAAUGCUGUUGGGCCACCUUCUUAAGGUCGUAACUUGUCCGUUUUGCUGUUGUGUAUCAGGACCCUCAGAGGGCCCACUCUGUGACUGGGUGGGGGCAUGGGCACUCACUUGUGCAGGCACCAGUGGAAUUUCAGAAGGGUGGUAGCACCUUCCAGUAUAGCCACAGUCAGCCAGGAGACAGGCCUGGCAAACGGACCAGUAUGAUGUCACCUGAGUGCUGCCGACAGCGUGCUGCCCUUUGAAUGGCCUCAUCAGCUCAUCUCAAUGUCCUCCUGGGUGCUGGGUGUCCUACCCUGGAGAGGAGGUGGCAGGUGAUUGUGAAGACGGCUUUUAUUUCCACUAUGUGGCAGGGAUGUUGGUGGCCGCCCGUAGCCACGUCUGUUAACCAUGGUGCAGAUAGCCCUUGGGUAGACCUAGGAGCUGCAAAGGCACUGCUCUUGCCAGAUACCACUAGCAGGACGAUGCUGGGCUUGACAACAGGACUUGCUAGCAUUGCCUAGAGAUCAUAAUUUCAGUUUCAUUAAAGUGCUUAUUUCUCUUUAAUGCAGCAUCUCUCAGGCCUGGGCAUAUUUUAUUUCUUAGGCCUAUGAUAUCCUAGAUAAUUGCUGUCAAACAAGGACCACCUCACAUCAGAAGUAGGUAUAAGAAUCUAUCUUUCAGGCCCAAACUAUGACAGUGCCUUGGCUCAGGUCCUUAGCAGGGAGCAUUGAAAAGGGACUGUUUUCUAGAGUUUUACAUAUUGGCAAGUUGAAUUUUAAAAUGUUUUAAUAAAAGUUUGACAUAUGAUACU